GUGUGUAGAGGAGUUGGUGUGUGUGCCACGUCUAGAGAGAGUUGACGCGUGGUCUUUCAGCAACAGGGGACAAAGCACUUCAAUCUUCCUGUCUCUGGGAAAACCGCCGAGCCCUCGGCCAAUCGGGGGGCAGCGGUGAGGAUGCAACAGUGAUCCAGGAAAAAACACAGCAUUGUUCCUCGGACACCGGCGGACUAGGACCUGGCUCUCACACGCUAAUCACGGCUCGGCCCGCUUAACAGAACCCUCAGAGGACACACACACACAGAGCCAGUGGUAGUUACCCAGACCAGUGAUGAGUGUAAAUGUGAAGUCCCCCCCUCCGGCAGCUCCCUCUUCAGGGAUCCCCCUCCCCCGGAGCCUGCUCCCUUCCUCUCCCAAAGGAGACUCUCGCCUUCAGACCAGCAGCCUCCCUCGACCCACCGCACACAAAUCGAAACAACUCACACCCUCACAGACACCCACGCACUCUCCCAAACUGUCCGCGAGGAACACCGGCAUCCCAGGGCCCUCCUCCAAGGAUCUUCUCAGGGAUGCCACCCUGAGGAACAAGCUCCUACAGCGGGCAGCUCUACCCGUUCCCCAGGCCUCACGCUCGGCCUACAGUAGUCCCCUGACUCAGCGCAGGGAGCCUCCGCGCUCCAGAGACACCCUGGACUUGGGGAAAGUCACACACACGUCAGCACACGUAGCCACAUUCCUCCCAUCAUACACACCCCCACACACGAGCGCACACACUCCCCAGAACAGCAACCAGAACAGAUAUGCCUGUGCUAACAGGAACCAGCAAUGGGGAGACAGCAACCUCAGUCCCCAGUUCCUGCCAAGGAGAAGGGACAAUUAUAACACCCACACCCAGGAGGGAGGAGGGAGCCCAGGGGAGAGAGGGGGUGAUGAGGACUCUCCUGAUCCAGGCCUUGUGGAAGACCAGUCAUCUAGAUUCAGCAAUGACAACCUGCGGCCUCCUCUUCCUCUUACCUUGACCCCCGACCCGUCCUUCAGGGGUCGAAGUGGCUCCAGUAGCCAAUCGGAUGAGGAGAUGGGAACCCCAGAGGACCUGAGUCCUGCUGUGUCUCCGACCCAGAUCCCUCCUCAACCUAUCACCUUGGCCCAAGCUCCCUGCCAGCAGAGAGAGGCCCCGCCCACAGACACACAGACACCCAGAGUCAACAUGGCCACAGUGGCUCCCUUCAGAUACAGGCUGCAGGUCCAAGACAGAGAUGUCUCUGUGGAAGAGCUGAGUGACUGUUCCUCUGGAUCCAUCGAAGUCUGCUGUGAAGACUUAACGCUCGAGCAGGUGAGCGUGCAGCUCCUGAGCGUGUGGGUGGAAGUCAUAGGGAAGUCGUCACAGUUCAGCUCGGAGCCAGACCUCUCAACCAACCUGAACCUGUGCUGUCAGGGUGCUGUCAGGUGCUGUCAGGUGCUGUCAGGUGCUGUCAGGUGCUGUCAGGUCCUGUCAGGCUAG